CAGAUGGAUAGAGGCGCGCGUGCAAGACGCAUCGACACGCUCCAGACCGCUUACUGAACAGGAAAAAAAAAAUUAACGCGAAAAGGGGAUUUAAACAGGAGGCGUCUCGCAGUGCCACUGUGUCGAAUGGAUACCGGCUGCUUCUCCGCCGCGCAGCGUCUCUCGUGCCACACCAUGAAUGCGGAUUUAUUUAAGCCCGUUCCGGAGCGCGGAGCCCAGCCAUCCUCUGCCUCUGCGAAAAACAGCAGGAAUAAACCCGACCAGACCAAAUCAGAGCUGGCUCAGGUGGUGACGGACUCCAAGACGGGAAAAUCCUACAGCAAAGGGAAGCUUUUAGGAAAGGGUGGCUUUGCUCGGUGUUAUGAGAUGACAGACCUGUCCAACAACAAAAUGUAUGCUGUGAAGGUGAUUCCUCAGAGCAGGGUGUCCAAACCACACCAGAGGGACAAGAUAACAAAUGAGAUCGAGCUGCACAAAACCCUGUCGCACAAACAUGUGGUGAAAUUCUCCCAUCAUUUUGAAGAUCAAGAGAACAUCUACAUAUUCCUGGAGCUCUGCAGUCGGAAGUCCCUGGCACACAUCUGGAAGGCGAGACACACGCUGACGGAGCCAGAAGUGCGGUAUUACCUCAAACAGAUCAUAUCUGGCCUCAAGUACCUCCACAGCAGAGGCAUCCUGCACAGAGAUCUCAAGCUAGGCAACUUCUUUGUCAAUGAGAACAUGGAGCUGCGGGUGGGAGAUUUUGGUCUCGCUGUCAAGCUGGAGACGGUCGAGCAGAGAAAAAAGACAAUUUGUGGGACCCCCAACUACCUGGCGCCUGAGGUGCUCAACAGACAGGGCCACGGUACGGAGUCGGACGUGUGGUCCCUCGGAUGUGUCAUGUACACGCUGAUGUGCGGUAACCCUCCCUUUGAGACGCUGGACUUGAAGGAGACCUACAAGUGUAUCAAGGAAGUGCGAUACAACCUCCCCUCCACCCUGUCCCCGGCUGCACAGAAGCUCAUCUCAGGCAUCCUACAGAAAAACCCCAGCGACAGACUGACACUAGAUCAGAUCCUCAACCACGAGUUCUUCACCAAAGGUUUCACCCCCGACAAACUUCCCCCCAGCAGCUGUGUGAUGGUGCCAGAGCUCCACCCGCCCAGUCCUGCCAAGAAGUUCUUCACUAAAAUGGCAAAGAGCCUCUUUGGCAAGAAGAAAGCGAAAGUGGAGAAGAUACCGUGUGAAGAAAAAGACGACAAAGACAUUUCCAAGCUGGUUUCAGGCAUCGUUAAAUGUUCCAUCAACCGGCAGAUCAGCUACAAAACUGUGGGACCGAGCGAUGUGCCUUUGCCGUCCUCCCAGCUCGUCAGCUCCGUGCCUCUGGAGCAGACGCCUGCAGAGGAGGAGUCCAGAAAGUCCAUCUCCCGCUCCUUCAAGGGCACAAUGGCCAGCAGCACUGAACCAUGUGAUGACGUCCUGACUCCUUCAGCUGUCGCUGAGGCUGCUAUGAAAGUUCUCAACAACUGCCUGGCCACCAUGCCUACAGCCACUAGAAACCCACCCUGUUUGUCCAGGCCGCAGUCCUUCCUGUGGGUGACGAAAUGGGUCGAUUACUCCAACAAAUACGGUUUUGGCUACCAGCUCUCAAACCAAAGCAUUGGCGUUCUGUUCAACGAGGGAACACAUCUCAGUCUCUGUGACCAACGCAAGACCGUUCACUACUGCUUGACCAACAACAAACACUUCUCUUUCCCUGCCAACUCGCUACCUAAGCAGCUUCACAGCCAGAAACAAAUUGUGGAGCUGAUGGCCAACUACAUGGAGCAGAACCUAAUGGAGGGUGGAGAUCUGCACUGUGAGGAGCAGGUCUCAGGUUCUCCUCCAUUGCUCCUCCAGUGGGUGAAGACUGACCAUGCACUCGUCAUGCUCUUCAACAAUGGCACUCUACAGGUUAACUUCUACACCGACCACACCAAGAUCAUCCUGUGCAAGUCCUCGGACGACUCCUACCUGCUCACCUACAUCAGCCGGGAGCGCGUUUCGUACACGUACCUCCUCAGCAUGCUGAACGAGAUGGGCUGCACGACUGAGCUGCGAAACCGGCUAAGAUACGUGGUCCAGCUGCUCCAACACCACACUGAUGCCUGAGAGCACUGCUCAGUGCCUCCCAGGAAGCAACUUGACUGGUUAACACCUCGUCGUACGCAGCCCGACUGGCUGAGGAUAAUUUUUCCGAGGAGAGUCCCGAGAGGAGCCGACAUCUGCCGGUUUGAUGGAUGGGAGGCUGCUCUACAUCUCUGCGCAAUAUUCUUGUCUGGACUGGUGCCUAGGCCGCCGAUUAUCAAAUUGACCGACCUUGAUCAACGUCAGGCAGUUGUGAAAGUUGCCCCGAUGCAGCGUCUGCCUCAAGGGUUUGUGCCUGUCAGCUUUAUGCCUCAAUGGUAUCCACCUGGUGCGUACUGAUACCUAAAAAUAAGAGACUCACACCCGGCCUGGAACGACGGAUCUCUCACAGGCAGAUGCCUACAUGAACACCCAGUUACCUUUUGCUCACUCACUCUAUACCACUGCUUCUUCUUAGCUGGACGUUUCAAUGCCUCCAACCCUGCAGCUUUCAGCCUCCCCUGAUCGCCGAUCACCCAGGCACAGUUUUCUCAAAGGUGUCUAAACACUAAAAUUGUCCGGUUAGCCUGUCCUUGUGGCUGAAAUGCCGGUGAAGUAUUUCAGGUUCAAGACCUGUGGGCUCGCAGUCUGACUUAGAUUUUUGUUGUCAGCAGUGAUGCUUUGGGAAGAAGUCUGGUUUGAUGGGAAGGAGUCCCUCCUACCCUCAGUUGGUUUCUGGCAUCUUGGGACCAUUUUACACAUUCAUCUUUUCUUUUCAUUUUUUUAUGAACCAGCUAUAGGAUCACACUAUGAUCUUGACCUCACAUGCACAAAUAACAUUCCUGGCCUUAUUUGAUGGUGGUGAUGCUGAAGUUUCAAGAGUUGUUUGCUCUGCUCCAACAUCACUUUCAUUUAUGUAUUUUAUUUUUUUUUUUCCCCCUAAUUAGACAAUGUUUCACAUACGUGGUACACAGCAUACUACAGGGCUACGGGAGCAACACAAAUUGCACUUUUGUUUUCGAAAGUCAUCAGGAAAACCCAAAUCAUUUUUUACCAUCACAUGUUGCAUUUUUAAUAAGUUUUUAACUAGAUAUUAAAAGGCGUUUUCUUCAUCCGUUUUUUAAAGUGAUUGAGUUUUAAAUUCACAAAACUGUAGGUGAAUGUGUCCACAAGUGCUGCGAGCAGAACUGUCAGCGAGAGGGCAGGGAGGGGGGGAUAAAAGUGCCUUUUUGAGGGAUGUCUGUAUAGUGCAAUAACAGCCUUUUGUGAAUGUCUAGCUGGCUACAAACAAGACUUAAGAUGGGUUUUACAGGUGGGAUUUACUUUUGGACUUGGAGCCGAGCUCAAAAGUAAAUCCAACAGCACUACACUCUCACUACCUGGUAUAAGCUUUUAGAACAAACUGUUUAUCAUAAGUAUAUAUAGCCCAAUAAUCUAGAGUAUGGAGAGAAAAAAAUCAUUGUACUCUGUCGUACUGUACUGUAAUCCUGAUUGGUUUACAUUGCUUUUCUCAAUCCAGAGUUGUAUCCUGAAAACUGUGACCCAGAAUGCAAGUAUUAUGUAUAUGUCUUUCUUCUCUUUCAAGAAACCCAGCAUUAUGAAAGCCAUCUGCCAAUUCAGAAGAGUCUUUAUUUUUGGCACGUAAUGUCCUGUUUAUUUAUUUUUAUUUAUACAUUGUUCUUUUUUUUUUUUUAUUUAUUGUGCAAAUGUUUCGGUCUUGACACAAGGAAAUGUUCAAUUCCGCUCACUUUUUUUGUAUGUAACAUGUCUUUGGGGGGGAGGAUGGGACAAAAAUAAAGUUUAUUCGAAAUU